AUGCCCAAAAAUUGGGAUUCCCACAAAGAUGAGAUUGAAAAUCUUUAUAUAAAGCAAGGGUUCACUCUGGGAAAGGUUCGAGAUGUUAUGACUCGCGAACACAAUUUUACAGCCUCGGCUCGAUCUUACAAAAUGAAACUCGAUGAGUGGAAGAUGUGGAAGUACAGGUCGAAAACAGGCGACCAAAGUCAUCACUCGAAUUUCGAUUCGAAUACGCCAGAUGCAACCCACUCGCCACGCAAUCUGCCAGAGAAUGAGUACAUUCAGAAUUCGGUCAAUGAGAACUGUAGCAGCAGUUUGAGCUCCCUAUCAACUCAAUCAGAAAUCCACUCUUAUAUAUAUCAACCAUUUUCACCUGUCACGACAUCCUCCAGUAGUUCAUCAGUAACUCACUUCGCUGAAAGUCCAAGUCAUCGUUCAUCAAUGUCACAAGAUCUCUCUGGACUUUCAAUAAAAGAGACCCCUCUUGUCAACUCAUCCCUGAUGUUCUUCUCAACCAGAACAGAUUCCGAAAGCCUCCGCUUAUUAUCGAUGUCUCCUGAGCUAGCACCCCGCGCUCUGGAAAUCCUGCUCCGAAACUGGGAACCAGGUGGAGAGUACUUCAAGUCCGCCAUCCGUUUCCUACAGCAGAGUAAUUACUGCCAAACGAUUGUGGCGGUAAACUGGACCCGGUGGAGCCACACAGACGAGACUCUCUUCGACCUAGUCGAGGAAAAUGUCCUCGACGACGAGCAACCGCAGCUAUUCCUGGCCCUCCUUACAGCAGACAUGAAAUUCGGACACGGGCUGGCCCAGCUGAAUGCUCCAUGGGCACAUUCCUGGCGCUUAGCCACACAACAAAGAGACUGGGGUCGUGCCAAAGACUACAUGGCGGCUAUGGGAGUUCAGCAUCUGUUCUGGCAAUGCGCCUUUGUUGUGAUCGCCAAGAGUUUUCUGGAGCGGAAUAACUCUCGGAUCUGUGGCUGGGGGCCCGGAAUUCCGUUUUGUGAUGAUGCCCAUAGACAGAUUUGUGCCAUACUGAAUGACUGCCGAGAUCACGGGUUGGGGACUGGUUCCUGGUCGUAUGCGCAUCUUUGGAGUUGUAUGAAUGAGGAGCAACUACGGUACUUGUUUGCUUAG